ACGUAUUUUGUUUUUACUCCCUGAAGUGUUCAGUUCGUUGGUGUCAAAUCAAACGUUUAUCGAUGAAAACUAAAAGGAACCAUUGUGCCGCUGUGACCGUGUUCCUUUAGGGAGAUAAUUCACAGUAGGACGGGUCGUGUGCUGAACAAACCGGAAGUCAGUCUUGGAGUGACGCCGGAAUCAUUUGGGAGUAACAAUGAAGAAGACAGACCAGAAGAGUGAAGAGGCGUCGCCGGAACAACCAGCAGCUGACUACGUGGUGGGUCAGGUGUCAGGAAGUUUGUUCAAGAAGAAGUCUAAAGCCUCCGGAUCGCUGUCGGCUUUAUUCAGCACCGUUGCACCGGCUGCACCGCUCCUGUUUCAGCCUGCACCCAAGCCUGUUCAGAAGAGCACAGAAGUAAAGGAGGAGCAGAAGGAAACUCCAGGGGUCAAAGGUCAACCCGGCAAGAAAAAGCAGAAGCCACUUAAGGAGAAAUCAGAAGCCGACCAGCAGGUGGAAAACAGGGAAAUCAGUUUACAGAACGCAGACGAGGACGAGCGAGGGCCGGAGGCGCCCGCGAAGAAGUCGAAGAAGAGGAAAGCGCCAGAGCCGAGCGGAGAGAACGAUGCGGAGAAGUGGGUGAUGAAGAGGCAGAGGCUGAAGGCCAGUAAAGAGGAGGAGGUGACAAAGGGGAAGAGGACGGUGUUCGUAGGCAACCUGCCCAUCGGCUGCACCAGAAAGACCCUGCAGGGCCUCUUCAGGGAUAAAGGAUCCAUCGAGUCCAUCCGGUUUCGCUCUGUGGUCAGAGAGGAUCCCCUCAUGUCCCGUAAAGUAGCAGUUAUUCAACGCAAACUUCAUCCCAAAAAGCAAAGCAUGAACGCCUACGUGGUGUUUAAAGACGAGGGCGCAGUCGCCAAAGCGUUAGAGAGGAACGGCAUGGAGAUCGAGAAAGACUUUCACAUCCGAGUGGACAGAGUGAAGGACGACUCAUCACACGAUCACAAGCGCUCCAUAUUUGUGGGGAAUCUUCCGUUCGUGAUGAAUGAACUGGCUUUUCGGCGGCACUUUGAGGAGUGUGGGACAGUGGAGGCUGUACGAGUGGUACGAGACCAGAACUCUGGACUUGGGAAAGGAUUCGGCUACGUCCUGUUUGAGAGCGCCGACUCGGUGCAGCUGGCGUUGGAAUUAGACGGCACCCAACUGGAAGGCAGGUCCAUCCGGGUGAAGAGGUCGGAGAAGCAGAAGAAUAAAACUGAUGACAAAGGAACCACAAGGAGGACCGGCAAGGGCCCUAUGAAGGGCCCUAUGAAGGGCCCUAUGAAGGGCCCUGUGAAGGGCCCUAUGAAGGGCCCCAUGAAGGGCUCCGGGCAGGAGAGAGGAGGCGGUGGGGGAGGUUUCAAGCCUCAAAAGAAAUUCUCUGGAAACCAGCAGAAGUCGACUAAAAGCGCCACCUCCUUCAAAGGCGAGAUGGUGGAUCCAAUCAAAAAGAGUAAAAAGAAAGCACAGAAGAAGAAACCGAGGUCCAAAAAGACUGUUCAUAUCUGAUCUGCAUCUUACAGAAAUAAAAGUGUGUAAGGACUCUUUCUGAUCGAACCCAUCACUGAUGCAGCUUUUGCUGAUCUAAUCCCAGCAGCAGGUUCACCGAGUUAUCUGGAAAAGGAACAACAGGCCUGUUUACAUCAGUCACUGAGUUUCACUCAGGAAACUUAACCCUUUGUGCAUCCCUUUUAAAAAGUUGAUCUGAUGUCCUCAGAGGACUAAAAUGUCAGCAUCAAAAAA